UCUUUAUUUUGUUUCAGGUGAUGUAUCUAAGGAUAGACGUUAUUUACUAAACUAGAUAGGCUCCGAUGAAAUUUGUUACCUAGUACAAAUAAAUACUUGUAACUUCCCUUCCGAUAAUAUCUGUUACAUUUCUUGAUCUCUACUUUCCUCACUCUCUGACUCUUUCAUGCUACCUUAACAUCCUCCCUAAAUUUCACACAAAUAUUUAUUAUCAUGACACUGGUAAAAUUGUCUGAUGGGGGAGCUGUUAGCUCGGCUACGGCUCUACAGACCUGUAGAGAUUCGAAAAUCGUACCUGUCGAGGAUGACUUGUUAGCUCGCUCGAUAAAUCCUGAAUCGGGUAUUAAAAUUUGUGGUGGUGAUGAGACGGAGAGUAUUGAGAGGAGGUUUUACGAGGAGGAAGAUUUUUCGGGGAAUAUUUAUGAUCAGGUUGGUGGGAGUUCUGAUGAGGAUGAUUCGGGUGAUGAUUUUCGCGAAAAAAUUGAUGAGAAGGUGAGUUUGUCAUCGGCAGAGGAUUUAGAUGAAGGGUUUUCGAUGAAUGAGAAAAAUGUAAAUGAUGGAAAGAAGAUCAAUGGUGAGUUUGAGGUUUUGAUUACACCGAAUCCGCAGCUUCCAAGGCCCGAGGCACCGCCUGGACUGACUAUGAGUGAGCCAGAGUCGUCCCCGGGUGAUGUUUCUGGUGAAAGUGAGACUUCUUGGAAGUAUUUUUUGGAGAAGAGUAGCAGCUUGUCAUCCGCGAUCACGAAGAGAUUAUAUUCUUAUAAUAGUAGUAGUGAUGGUGAUGAGCAUGUUGAUGGUGAUUCGGACAAGAAUUUGGGUUUAACUAAGGUUACAGAGUUUUUGUCAGGUGUGAAAUUGGUUGUGAAUUCGAAGAGUAAUGAUGAAGAUGAUGAGCGUGUUAAGGCGACGGGGUUUAGAGGAAGGAUUUCCUUCUUCUCUAAAUCUAAUUGUCGUGAUUGUACUGCGGUUAGAUCAUUCUUCAGAGAGAAGAAUUUGAGGUAUGUGGAAAUCAAUAUUGAUGUGUUUCCGCGGAGAGUGAAGGAGCUGAUAGAGAGGACAGGGUCUUCAUCAGUGCCGCAGAUAUUUUUCAAUGAGAAACUGUUAGGUGGAUUAGUGGCCUUGAAUUCGUUAAGAAAUAGUGGGAUGUUGGAGGAGAAGUUAAAGGAGCUGUUAUCUGAAAAGUGUCCAGAUACGGCGCCAGAGGUGCCGUUGUAUGGAAUUGAUGACCCCGAGGAGGAUCGGAUGGAUGAGAUGGUGGGGGUUGUUAGGGUCUUAAGACAAAAGAUGUUUAUUCAAGACCGUGUGAUGAAGCUGAAAAUGGUGAGGAACUGCUUCUGUGGAGCUGAAAUGGUGAAUGAGAUCUUGAAACUUUAUGCAGGUCUUGAUAGACUUGAGGCAGUUGAGAUUGGAAAGCAGCUGGCUCAGAAGCACUUCAUACACCACGUCUUCGGAGAAAACGAAUUUGAGGAUGGAAAUCACUACUAUCGAUUUCUUGAGCACGAGCCAUUUAUUAGUAGAUGCUUCAAUUAUCAUGGUUCUGUCAAUGACUGUGAACCCAAAACCGCUGUUCUGAUUAGCCAAAGGCUGACCAAAUUAAUGUUUGCAAUACUUGAAUCUUACUCUUCUGACGACCGGCAACAUCUGAAUUAUGCGGCAAUCAGCACUAGUGAGGAGUUCCGGAGAUACGUAAUUUUAGUAAAAGACCUUCAAAGGAUAGAUCUCUUCUCUCUGUCAGCCGAAGAAAGGAUUGCCUUCUUCCUGAACCUGUACAAUGCAAUGGUCAUCCACGCGGUGAUUAAGGUCGGACAUCCACUGGGAAUGGUGGACAGGAGAUCCUUCAAUAACGAUUUCCUUUACGUAAUUGGAGGCCAGCCCUAUUCUCUAGCCGAAAUCAAACAUGGAAUCCUUAGAAGUAACCGAAGAGCGCCUUACUCAUUGGUAAAAUCCUUUGGUGCUGGAGACAAACGUUUAGCACUGACUCUUCCAAAGGUUAAUCCAUCAAUACAUUUCGGACUCUGUGAUGGCACAAGGUCAAGCCCAGUAGUGAGAUUUUUUACACCUCAAGGAGUAGAUUCUCAACUAAGAUAUGCUACUAGAGAGUUCUUUCAGAGAAACGGAAUCGAGGUGGAUCUGGAAAAGAGGACUGUCAAUCUCACCAGAAUCAUCACCUGGUUCAAUGUUGAUUUCGGACAAGAGAAGGAAAUAUUACAGUGGCUGAUGACAUAUUUGGACGCAACAAAGGCAGGUCUUCUGUCACAUCUGUUAGAAGACGGCGGGCCUGUUAAUAUUGUUUACCAGGACUAUGAUUGGUCUCUUAACAGCUGAAAUGAGUCCUCAACUUAAUACAAGGCCGACACACAGAGACCAUUUAGUUCGGAUUCCUGAAGAAGGGACUAAGAAUUUAUGUACAAAACCACAAAAGCACAGAGACUCGGUUAGUUUUGAUCUCUUCUCCCCUGCUUUUUCACACUCAAUUGAUGCCGAAAAAUUGAAUAAUGUCAUCUGGUUUAGGUGUUACCACUGUAUGACUUCUGUUAGAUAUAGAUAAGUAGCUGAUGUUCAUUACUGGAUAUUUAAGAAAAAGUUUAGCUCUGUUUCUCAGAUCAGAAAAUUUACUUACUAUCCAUGUAUCAAUUUGAACAAUUUACUGCAAAUGUAAAAGAAAAAUGGAAGUUCUUGUAUAUUUCCGAAA